UCAGUAGUAAUUUGAUGUGUGUCCCCGGGGACAUUUGAUGGAUUAAAGCUAAGCAGCUCCAUUUCGCAGCACCACCUGAUCUUCCACUGCCUGUGCCCCAUAUAAAGGCUGGCGUGAUUGCUGAUCUCAGCUAGUCUGACAGUCUCUCUCUCUCCCUCCUCUCUCUGUCUGUCUCCAUCUCUUCUCUUCCUCACUGGUCCCUUAAGCCUGCUGCAUCACAGGAGCUAUCCAGUGCUGAACAGGAUCGCUUUUAUUUUUUAUUUUUUUAUUUUUCCGGGGGAAGCUGGGGGAGCCAGAGAGUAUCACACAGCAUUGCCGGCAGCCUUGUUGUCCACUGGUUUCCAUUUUCUUUCUUAUCUUAUGUUUUUGGCUCUUGUCUUCACAUUAACCACAAGGAUUAUCGUCAAGCCAGCUCUGCUUGUGUGCUUCCUCAGAAGGGUCUUUUCAGUUCUCUCAUGCGUUUUUCUCAGCUCUGUGUUUUUAUCCAUUGAAACAUGCCCCGCUCAUUUUUGGUAAAGAAGAUCAAGCUUGAUGAUUUCUCUUCGUCCAAUGUGGCCACUUCCAAUCAUCAUCACCACCUGGACGACUCGUUCACUUUUGCACGCUCCAUCACAGACUCGGUGACCAGCCUCGGGGUUCGUCUCAGCGAGAAUGGAUACAUCCAGGAUUACAUCACGCCAUCUGUAUACCAGGGGGAGAAGAAGAUGGAGCACAAGCUUGCUUCACCAGUGUCAGACCCCCUGUACACCCAGGUGAGCAGCGGAGGGGAGUACUGUGACCCUGACCUGAAGCACCCCGACAGCCCCCAGUCUGGCAUGACCGCCAGCGGCUUCUACACUGGUGAAUCGGAGGCCCUGGCCGAGGGUUACACCAUGGAUGCCUUCUUCAUCUCUGACGGGCGCUCGAGGCGAAAGGGAGAUGGGGAGAGUCGUGGUGGAGGCUCCAGAAGCAGCAGUGCCAACGGUGGGGCUCAGGAGAGGGGAGCCGGCACGCCUCGCCACACCUGCAAUGAGUGCGGCAAGACGUACGCCACCUCCUCCAACCUCAGCAGACACAAGCAGACGCAUCGCAGCCUGGACAGCAAGAUGGCCCGCAAGUGUCCCACCUGUAGUAAAGUGUACGUAUCCAUGCCAGCGCUGGCCAUGCACAUCCUCACCCACGACCUCAAGCACAAGUGCGAGGUGUGCAACAAAGCCUUCAGCAGGCCGUGGCUGCUUCAAGGUCACAUGCGCUCACACACGGGGGAGAAGCCCUUUGCCUGCGCCCACUGUGGCAAAGCCUUUGCUGACCGUUCAAACCUCCGCGCCCACAUGCAAACACACUCUGCCUUCAAACACUACAGAUGCAAGCGCUGCAAUAAGACCUUCGCUCUCAAGUCCUACUUGAACAAGCACUAUGAGUCAGCUUGCUUCAAGGGCUCUGCAGACGAAGAUGACUCUGGAUCAGACAACUAACCACAAGGAAGAAGUAAAACACUGAACCCCUGUUGUAGGUUCACAACCAAUAACCCUGUUCACUCUGCCCUCCAUGCCUUUUUUCUUCCCUUUUUUUAGAAAGCAAUAUUUUCACUGAGAUUACGUGAAGAAACUCUAAUGAUUAUGGCAAAGACAAUUUCAGAAGAUGCUGGAUUUUUUUCCCUGCACAGUAGCUAAUCGUCCACAGAAACAUACAAUCAAACAACCUUCCCCCAAAUAGAGACUGUAGAUGAUAGAUGUACACAAUUCAGCAACAUGCUUGCCACGGAUGUGGGAACAUGGAAACACACAAAGACAUGCGUGCACACACAGACACACACAGACACACACACACACGAUAAUAUAUGAGGCCUGGCAUGUGAAUUUUUAUCAAUGACUAAUAUGAUAUUGAUAUCAAUAGUAAUAAUAUUUAGAAUCCUGAUAUUUUAUAGGAAAUAGUAAUGAAAAAAGAAAAAAAACAUAAAAAAGGACUAACAGUGUUCUUUUGUUUUUUAGAGACAAAAUGACCUCUUGUAUUUUUAUGCUGCUUUUUAUUUGCUAAGAAUUGAAUUCUUUUGCAACUGCCAACAUGAACUUUUUAUGAAAAUGUGAACUAUGACAGUAUUUGCAAAAAAGGGAGAUCAUUUUAAAAGGUAAAACACACAAACCCCUUUUCCACACCAGUGUUUCAAUUCAAUGGAUGUUAUUUUUCUAUUUGAUUUUUCUAAAUUUAUUUUUUUGUGCUGAUUAUCCCUUCUUAAUCAAAUGCUUCUUUGUAACUGUGGGUACUCACAAAAAAAACGCCGAGUUAAAUAAGCUAUUUAAGAUCAUAGGUCAUCCAAUUCAAUUCUGCAAGAGCAGUGGUUUUAAAACGUUGGCCUGUUGAACAGGUUAUCACGCACUCCGCCUGAUCAAAUUCAUAGUCUCACCCUGAUGCACAGACACUGAGAGCCAGACCAAAUGAUCUCGUCGUUAUAAUAAGUGCCAUGUGCGGUUGACUCGUCUAUAGCAAUGAAAACUCGUUGUUCUUCCUCCACCGUGGUGGCUUCCAUAAACUCCAGUCUUUACGAGCAAUCUUCACCCAGUGUUCGAGGUGCUCCCCCCCCUCCGCCAGUGUUACCUCAGAGUGAAGGUAUGGACUCACCCACCCUCAGUUACAAAGUGACAGUCAAAUUUUUCUGUUUGUCUGUUUUAUAUGUCGCUAAAAGCUCCGCCCACAGUUUAGAUGCAUCCCAUCUAUUUAUCAUGUAAAUACUUUAUUUAUUUACCUAUUUAUCUAUUUAUUUAUUU